CGUGUGGCUGCAUGAGCUAACUGUGAUAAUAUUAUUAAACUGAAUGAGUUGGUUGGUUUGUGGGUUCAGAGGAGAGGAAGAUGUAGCAGAAACUUAAGGGAACCUUGUUUUCUGUGUUGAAAUUCUCGGUAACAGAAAAACCAAGUUUUUCUCACAUAAUUGCAUUGUGCUUGAAAUGUAAAACUCUGGCACAAAUGGUAAGUACUGAUAGUGUUGAAUUGUUAUCUAUAUUUGAUUUGGCCAAUGGUAGAAAAUGAAGAAUAAACACAAAGAUACACACUCUGGACUCUCGGUCAUGCAUCAUUCAUACUUUCUGUUCAUCCCUGGACACUUCUUGAAUGACUCAGUCAGAAAGUAGGUCAGCAGGGCCUCAUCCAGGUCUUGCCUUUCACAGACCAGGAGUAUAACUGAACAAAACAACAAGGGCUGGUGAGUCAUCUUUGGAGCUUCACCAACAUUUGCGUCGGGAGGAGUCAAAGUCCUUGAGUCUGAUUAUUUCUGAUUGAUAGCAAAUAUGAGGGGUGCUCCUCCACAAAUCCACGAGUAGAGCAGAGUUCUUCCUUGUUCUGUGUGUUGUCAGGAUGCAGGAUAUAAGCAGCCCUGUAGCUGUUUGGGUGGAGGGGGGUUUCCAUUAUUUUGUCAAGCCCCUGCGCACACCGUGACAAGGCCACAUUGUGUUUUCUCGAGUCGCGCUUCGGCGAUCCCUCCAUCAACACAUGGCAGUCAGAAUUUAUCGGGCGGCGGCCAAUGAGCUCGCUCCUCUUAGGGCGAGCCUCCGCCGCGCUCGGCCAAUGGGAGACGCGGAACAGGACCCGUGCCUCCGAGUUGUGCAGCGAUGCCGUCACGUGACGCUGGGAAAGAGGAAUGCCAACAUGGACCCGUGGCAAGGACGGGAUGUGAGCGUGCUACGACAAUAACACGACGAAGGAGAGGAGAAAACGGGAAAAUCACCGAAAGCCAUCGACGGCGCUGGCUCUCCCCACCGAGCCUCCCCCGAUCCACACACGGUUUUGUGAGCACACCUCUGGAUAGUGUUUCCUCAACAUCCUCUCCUCUGCGCUUGGCCCGGAUCAAUGGUGUCUCUCAGCAGCAGAACGCUGAGUUUGGACAAUGACCUGUUCAGGGACAGCAGCAGCAGCAGCCUGUUCUCCCUCGACCUGGGGGACGGAGCCCGCAGCGAGGGGGGCAGCUCAGCCUCCUGCGACAGCCCCGAGGCCGAGGAGCUGGGGGCUCCGCACAGCUCCAGCCCUGGAGAGGAGGAGGAUGAGGAGGAGGAGGAGGAAGAUGAAGACGAGGGGGCGCGCCUGCACAUUUUCCUUGGAGCAGAAGCAGAAGAUGAGUCUGCGAGUCAGGAGCCGAAGCUGCCAGAAUUCCCUUUCCACCCGUCUUCCCCGUUCUCGCCGACCCUGGAGGACAUAGAGGAGUUCUUGAGGGAAAAGAUGGAACUGGUCAAAGAGGGGCUACUGACCCCCAAAGAGGAGGCCUCCCCUCUGCCUUGCAGUGAAUCUCCAUCUUCCACUACCCCCCCAGCAGCUUCCUCAGAGACUUGCAGUGACCCUGGGACCAGUGCCUCCCAGUGCACUUCAAGCCCAAGCACCCCUAAGAAUGAGCAAAUGAGCCCCAGCCGAGCUGAUGCUUCCCCUUCUGCCCAACUUAACCCGUCACCAUCCACCUUAACCCCGCCAGUGCUCCUGGGCGGGCCGCUGGUGCUUCAGCUCCAGCCCUUACCCCUGGCCCAGCCUCAGACCCCAGCAGGCUCUCCUCCUGGGGCCCAGAGUGGCAUCUGGCUCACUCAUCUGGUCAUGGGGCUCCAGGGUGGAGCAGGACGAAAUGUUACUCUGCUGGCCCCGUCAGUGUCCUCUACCCCCACCACCUUGUUAUCACUUAACAGUGGAGAUCCCAAGUCUCCUGACCAGAAGUACGUGAAGAUCGCCCCUUUGCCCAUCACUAUGAGGACGCUAGAGUUCACGGGGGUGACUGGGGUCGGGGGCCAGGCCAGUGGUCUGUUGAAGGCUGUGGCCCCCCGGCUGACCAGGGUGCCGCCUACAGAGAGGGUCCAUAAGUGCUCACACCCAGGCUGUGGGAAGAUGUACACCAAAAGCAGCCAUCUGAAAGCCCACUUCCGCCGACAUACUGGAGAGAAACCCUACACGUGCAGCUGGCCUGAGUGUGGCUGGAGGUUCUCCCGAUCAGACGAACUGUCCCGUCACCGCCGCUCUCACUCCGGCAUCAAGCCAUACGAGUGCUCACUGUGCGAGAAGAAGUUUGCCCGCAGCGAUCACUUAUCCAAACACACGAAGGUCCACCGCAGCUCCAGGCCCAGCAGGAUUAUCAGAGCCAACGUGUGACACCUUCAGCUGGCCUACAACCUGCCCUGUACCCACCCACCCAGCCCUGACCUGGCUUUAAACCAGUAGGCUGCGGGACUCCCUCAGGACUUUUGGUGCUUCGCAAGCAGAACUUUCAUAAGAAUCUUGAGAGCCACCUGCUGUUGUACCCUCAUAGUCUCCUUCCUCCCUCUCCUCCCUGUGGGUUAUCUUCCACUGUUCCUUCUGAGCAGCUCGUCUUAGACUGAACAGACAGCCACCUCAGGAAAAAAGUCAGCUGGAAGCUGAUUUCCUGGCCUUCACACUCACACAAGACAAAACACAAAACAGGAGACAGUGUUACAGAUGCCCUUCUUGCAACCACUGCGUGCCCUGCUGUUCCUGUUCCCCAGCUGCCAGGUGCUGUUGGAGGCAGGGUGGUAACCAGUAACAGGAGUGUCUUCUGUCAUCUCCUUUCUGCUUUUGUGAUUGCCCUUCUUCCUUAAAGCCAAAGGGUCCACAUGAAUUCAGCUUCCCAAUGUUUUAGUGAAGAUUUAGUCCAUGGAGCGUCACAUGUGUGCCAUGUGUUCUAAUCACAAGGUUUCAUGGAGGGUGAAAUGAUGAUUAAAGCAGCAGAAUCUCCUCUAUAUACUUAGAUUUUCUCUGUAUUAGAAGUAAAUUCUGAGAUAUUCUUACAAACUAAACUCGUGGCUCUGCUUGCAGUUUAACCGAGCAGAGGAAAAACUUCUGAUGUGUUUCACAUCCAACCCUGGCCUUUAUUGCAUUCGUCCAAUCCUAAUCCACCCUGUUUUGACCUGUAUGCCUUUUUCUCAGCCCCACUAUGCCCUAAUCUCUAUCGAUGCCUUUGUCUAUAUCACAAAACCUCACUUGAUCCCACUGCAAUCAUGUGACUGCUCUUAUUUAACUGUGAUUCUAAACUGGGGGUUGCCAAACCAGAAAUCCCUGUUCUGGCCCUGCGAGAGCCAGAAAGCGACAUCCUCACUGCGUGACAGUUGAUAAGCUCUUUGUUCUCUGAAAUUUUCUUGGAAAAUAAUUUUGCAGCCGAACUCAUGUGGCCUAGAAAACAACUCGGCCUAUAUGCUACGUUUUGGCUCCAUGGUGCAAAAGUGAUGUGAAACACUGCUCUCUCUAUUGUUUUUUUUUUUUUUUUACAGCAGCAGAUGCUGUAAAACAUUUUUCUGUGGGUUAUAUAGCAGCAAGAAAAGCUAAAACGUUAAACAGCUGGAAAGGCAGCUAACAUCUAUUCAAUGAUCUGUAUUAGCAUACUCAAUAUAAUAUGUACUGAACGUGUACAGCUUGUAGCCUUUAUAUAGAUGUUUUUUUUUAUCGAAGAGGACUUUCAAUCAGUGCAUUAAGCUAUUCAGUCGUGAUUCUGGAGAGGUUUGAUUGUAAGCGUGAUCAAUCUGUGGAAUGUCAGAGUGAUUACGGUCUGGGAUUUGGGAGUCCCACUCCACCCAUUCACAAACCAUUAAGCUGAGUCUGCUGGUCUCAAGUGCACUUGUGUGGUUAGUGGAAAGUAAGAAAAACAGUCAUUGCGCUCUUAUGGCAGUUCCAUAAAAUGUAUUGGAACCAUAAAAUGCCAAAAAAAAAAAAGAAACAAACAUGGGUGGUUAAACUGCACGGAGCAGUGCAGUCACUAUUUGUCAUUUACCCCCCUGAUCUCAACACUUUGGUGCUUGUUAACCUACCAGUGCUUCUUCACGUGAGAGACUGUAUAAUGCUUCACAUAACUGGAUUGUCUCCGUCGAACCAGCAGACACUUGCUACUACAAACCGUUGGCUACUGGCAGUCUUGACUUAGCCCGAGCAACAGUGGUGCUUUCGAAUGAACGCUGAACUUGAGCACUCCUGCAUGUAGCAAUGCACAGUCAUUUUACACAGCGAUCAUGCUUGUCUGCGUCUCUCUGCAUCAUGGACACAUUAUGUCCCGCUCUUAACAAACAAUCAUGCUUAAUAAUGUAAAAAAAAGAAAAAAACCCAUUCAAAGCAGACAGACGGGCAGACGUAUUUAUCUGUCUGAACCAGCGCUGUCUUUGUGUCUGAGCCUCCCCAGGCUGCUUCUACUGACCUACAUCCAGACCUGUAUCCCCUAAUCAUCAUCAUCCAAUUCUCUCGCCCUCUUCUCUGUGUCUCUCUCAGUCCUGCCUGCGUAUCUGGUUGAACACAGGCUGUAUUUUUUUUGUUUUGUUUUGUUUUGUUUUUUUUUGAAUACCAGAAAUGCUAUUUUCCUAUUUGCAAAAAUAAAAGCAAAUAAAAAAUGAAAA